GAAGUGGCAGCGAUCCAGCAGCAGCGGCUGCUCAGAGCAACGCCUGUCCGCUCGCCUCUUCGGCGGCUGAGCUGUCACAAACACUGGCGUGGUCCACUCCGCUGGAUCUCACUAUCGGCCGGCCGAAAGAGAGAAGGAGAAGGGAGCCACCGUCAUGUGGUCCUAACUGGCCUUCGAGGAGCUGAACAUCCGAGCGUUUCUCGCCACCGAGGUGUUCCUUGAGUGUGUCCAAAAUGUCGGAUAAAAUGUCCAGCUUCCUGCACAUCGGGGACAUCUGCUCCCUGUAUGCAGAGGGAUCCACCAAUGGUUUCAUCAGCACCCUGGGUUUGGUGGAUGACCGCUGUGUGGUCCAGCCUGAUGCAGGAGACCUCAACAACCCUCCAAAGAAGUUCAGAGACUGUCUCUUCCGACUGUGCCCGAUGAACCGCUACUCAGCCCAGAAGCAAUUCUGGAAAGCGGCGAAGCCCGGUGGCAACACGGAUACGGUGCUCCUUAAUAAGCUCCACCAUGCAGCUGACCUGGAGAAGAAGCAAAAUGACUCUGAAAACAAAAAGCUGCUUGGAACAGUCAUUCAGUAUGGGAAUGUUAUUCAGCUUCUCCACCUGAAGAGCAACAAAUACCUGACGGUGAACAAGCGAUUGCCAGCACUCUUGGAGAAGAACGCCAUGAGGGUGAUGCUAGACACUGCUGGGAAUGAAGGCUCCUGGUUCUACAUUCAGCCCUUCUACAAGCUGCGAUCCAUCGGUGACAGCGUGGUGAUUGGCGACAAAGUGGUCUUGAACCCAGUGAAUGCGGGCCAGCCGCUCCAUGCUAGUACACACCAGCUUGUGGACAACCCGGGAUGCAACGAGGUGAAUUCAGUCAACUGCAACACAAGCUGGAAGAUCGUCUUGUUCAUGAAAUGGAGCGACAAUCAGGAGAUCGUCUUAAAAGGGGGCGAUGUGGUGCGCUUGUUUCAUGCGGAGCAGGAAAAAUUCCUCACAUGUGAUGAUCACAGGAAAAAACAAUACGUGUUCCUCCGCACCACCGGACGACAGUCGGCUACCUCUGCGACCAGCAGCAAAGCCCUGUGGGAAAUAGAGGUCGUGCAGCAUGAUCCAUGUCGAGGGGGGGCAGGCUACUGGAACAGCUUGUUCAGAUUUAAACACCUGGCCACUGGACACUACCUAGCUGCAGAGGUGAAUCCAGAGUAUGAAGAGGAGGGUCUGGAGUCACGCCCCUCACUGGACUUGGAGCAAGAAGCCUUGCGGACCCGUUUGAGAAAUGUGCAGGAUAAAGUCAUGUACACCCUUGUGUCUGUGCCGGAUGGAAAUGACAUCUCUUCUAUAUUUGAGCUUGACCCCACCACAUUACGAGGAGGAGACUCACUAGUACCCAGGAACUCGUACGUCCGUCUCAGACACCUGUGCACCAACACAUGGGUUCACAGCACCAACCAACCCAUCGACAAAGAGGAGGAAAAACCUGUCAUGCUUCGCAUUGGCACGUCUGCACUGAAAGAGGACAAGGAGGCGUUUGCCAUUGUGCCUGUCUCCCCGGCCGAAGUGCGAGACCUGGACUUUGCAAAUGACGCCAGCAAAGUGCUAGCCUCCAUUGCUGGAAAGCUUGAAAAAGGCACCAUCACACAGAAUGAGAGAAGAGCAGUUACAAAGCUUUUGGAAGAUCUGGUCUUCUUUGUCGUUGACAUACCCAACAACGGACAGGACGUUCUCGAGAUCACGGUCAACAAACCAAAUCGGGAAAGGCAGAAACUCAUGAGAGAACAGAACAUUCUCAAGCAGAUCUUCAAGCUGCUGCAGGCCCCCUUCACAGACAGCGGAGACGGGCCAAUGCUGCGACUGGAGGAGCUUGCUGAUCAGCGCCACGCUCCCUUCAGACACAUCUGCCGACUGUGUUACCGGGUUUUGCGUCACUCCCAGCAGGACUACCGCAAGAACCAGGAGUACAUUGCCAAGCAGUUUCGCUUCAUGCAAAAACAAAUUGGUUACGAUGUUCUGGCAGAAGACACCAUCACAGCUCUCCUCCAUAACAACCGCAAGUUGCUGGAGAAGCACAUCACUGCGGCAGAGAUUGACACAUUUGUUAGCCUGGUCCGCAAGAACCGAGAACCCAGGUUCCUGGAUUACUUGUCUGACUUGUGCGUCUCCAUGAAUAAGUCCAUCCCUGUGACACAGGAGCUUAUCUGCAACGCAGUGCUAGAUCCGGCUAAUGCAGAUAUCCUCAUUGAAACUAAGCUGGUACUGUCGAGAUUUGAGAUUGAAGGAGCAUCGCUCGGGGACAACUCAGAGGACUCUGAGGAGGAUGAGGAAGAAGUGUGGUUGUUCUGGAAAGACAGCAACAAGGAGAUCCGCAGUAAAAGCAUCCGGGAGUUGGCACAGGACGCCAAGGAGGGCCAAAAGGAGGACAAGGAGGUGAUCAGUUACUAUCGGUACCAGCUGAACUUGUUUGCGAGGAUGUGUUUGGACCGGCAGUACCUGGCAAUCAACAAGAUCUCUGGCCAGCUGGAUGUGGACUUGAUCUUGCGUUGCAUGUCGGAUGAAGACCUGCCAUACGAUCUGCGGGCUUCGUUUUGUCGCAUGAUGCUGCACAUGCACGUGGACCGCGACCCCCAGGAGCAGGUUACACCUGUCAAAUAUGCACGACUCUGGUCUGAGAUUCCCUCUGAAAUUGCUAUUGAUGAUUAUGACAAUGAUGGAACGUCCAAGGAUGAAAUCAAGGAGCGAUUCUCACAAACGAUGGAGUUUGUGGAGAACUACCUCAGAGAUGUGGUGUGUCAGAGCUUUCCUUUUGCAGACAAAGAGAAGAAUAAGCUCACGUUUGAGGUGGUAAAUCUGUCCAGGAAUCUGAUUUAUUUUGGAUUUUAUAACUUCUGCGACCUACUGAGACUCACCAAGAUCCUCCUGGCUAUUCUAGACUGCGUCCAUGUGAGCACAAUCUUCCCUUUCAACAAGCUGGAUAAAGGAGAUGAGAGCAAAGGAAGCAAUGUUAUGAGGUCCAUUCAUGGCGUUGGGGAACUGAUGUCACAGGUGGUCCUUCGAGGUGGCGGCUUCCUGCCCACUACAUCGACCAUCAUCUCCAACGGAAGCGAAGUCAAGUCUCAAACGGAACCAGAGAAGCAGGACAUACUGGUCAUGGACACCAAACUGAAGAUAAUUGAGAUCUUGCAGUUCAUCUUAAAUGUGCGCCUGGACUACAGGAUCUCCUGUCUGCUGUCUAUAUUUAAAAGGGAGUUUGAUGAGAGUAACUCCCAAAGUGAUGUCUCCAUCACCGGAACAGUAGAAGGUCCAAACAACAUGCCAGGAGCAUUGGACUUUGAGCACAUAGAAGAACAGGCAGAGGGAAUAUUUGGUGGAAGUGAAGAGAACACUCCCUUAGACCUGGACGAUCAUGGAGGUCGCACAUUCCUGAGGGUCCUUCUCCACCUGACAAUGCACGACUAUCCUCCUCUGGUGUCCAGGGCCCUCCACCUUCUCUUCCGCCACUUUAGUCAAAGGCAGGAGGUUCUGCAGGCUUUCAAGCAGGUCCAGUUGCUGGUCACCAGCCAAGAUGUGGAGAAUUAUAAACAAAUAAAGUCCGACUUAGACCAGCUGCGCUCCAUCGUGGAGAAGUCUGAGCUAUGGGUUUACAAGAGACAGGGUCCGGACGAGGGCUUGGAUGCAGGAGAAGGUCUGUCUACUGAGUCAGAGCAUAAAAAGGGGGAGUCCGGAGGAGCUGAAAAACCGAAGAAACCAGAGAGUACCAGCAGUUACAACUACAGGGUAGUAAAAGAGAUCCUCCUGCGCCUCUGCAAGCUUUGUGUGCAGGAGGGUCAGUCGGGUCGGAAGAGCAAGAAGCAGCAGCAGAGGUUACUGCGGAACAUGGGAGCUCACGCUGUGGUUCUUGAGCUCCUACAGAUCCCUUAUGAGAAGGGUGAAGAUUUACGUAUGCAGGAUAUCAUGAAGUUAGCCCAUCAGUUCCUGCAAAACUUCUGUGCGGGGAACCAGCAGAACCAAGCUCUGCUUCACAAGCAUAUCAAUCUGUUCCUCAACCCUGGGAUUUUGGAAGCCAUCACCAUGCAGCACAUCUUCAUGAACAACUUCCAGCUGUGCAGUGAGAUCAACGAGCGCGUGGUUCAGCACUUCGUUCAUUGCAUCGAGACACAUGGCCGCAACGUACAGUACCUCAAGUUCCUGCAGACAAUCGUCAAGGCGGAGAAUAAGUUCAUCAAGAAGUGCCAGGACAUUGUCAUGGCCGAGCUGGUGAACGCGGGUGAAGAUGUUUUGGUCUUCUAUAACGAUCGCGCCUCCUUCCAAACACUGCUGCAGAUGAUGCGGUCUGAGCGGGACCGCAUGGACGAGAACAGUCCACUGAUGUACCACAUUCACCUGGUCGAGCUCUUGGCCGUCUGCACGGAGGGCAAAAACGUCUACACGGAGAUCAAAUGUAAUUCACUGCUGCCACUGGAUGACAUUGUGCGAGUGGUCACCAACGAGGACUGCAUUCCAGAGGUGAAGAUUGCCUAUAUCAACUUCCUAAACCACUGCUAUGUAGACACUGAGGUGGAAAUGAAGGAGAUCUACACCUCCAACCACAUGUGGAAGCUCUUUGAGAACUUCCUGGUUGAUAUUUGCAGAGUCUGCAACAAUACGAGCGAUCGCAAGCAUGCCGACACCAUCCUGGAGCGCUAUGUGACGGAGACGGUGAUGAGCAUCGUGACCACUUUUUUCAGCUCACCUUUUUCUGACCAGAGCACCAGCUUGCAGGCUUCUCUGCUGGGGAAGAUAUUCCAGACCAGACAGCCAGUCUUUGUGCAGCUGUUGCAGGCGGUGUUCAGGGUCUACCAUUGCAACUGGUUGUUCCCUGUCCAAAAGGGCUGUGUGGAGAACUGUAUCAAAGUCCUGUCAGAUGUUGCAAAAGGCAGGGCCAUCGCCAUUCCCGUGGACCUGGACAAUCAGGUGAACAACCUGUUUGUGAAAUCCAACAACAUCGUGCAGAAGACAGCAAUGAGCUGGAGACUUUCCGCUCGCAAUGCCGCCCGAAGGGACUCGGUGGUGACGGCAUCACGCGACUACAGGAACAUCAUUGAACGGCUGCAGGACAUUGUGUCGGCGCUAGAAGACCGCCUGCGUCCUUUGGUCCAGGCGGAAUUGUCCGUGCUUGUGGACGUGCUGCAUAGGCCUGAGCUGCUCUUCCCAGAAAACACUGACUCACGCAAGAAAUGUGAGAGCGGAGGCUUCAUAUGCAAGCUGAUCAAGCACACCAAACAGCUGCUGGAGGAAAAUGAAGAGAGAUUGUGCAUCAAAGUUCUGCAAACACUUCGUGAGAUGAUGACAAAAGACCGUGGUUAUGGAGAGAAGCUCAGGGCCUUUGAUGAUGAGAUGGAUAUGCCAAAGCAGCUGGAUCAGAACCAGCCUGAGAAGCUGUUGGAGGACCAGAAAAGGGGCGAGGCGCUGAGGCAGAUUCUGGUGAACCGUUACUAUGGCAACUUCCAUCGGAUUGGUGGGCGGAGGGACAGCUUGACGUCAUUCAGCAGUGGCCCCCUCAGCCCCGUCGGACCCAGCAAAAGCCAGUCAGUGUUAGGGGGACCUGGGGGGCUGAGUCGUGGUGAAAUGAGCCUGGCAGAGGUGCAGUGUCACCUGGACAAAGAAGGAGCCUCUGACCUAGUGAUUGAUCUCAUCAUGAACACCACAAGUGACCGAGUCUUCCAGGAAAGCAUCCUCCUGGCCAUUGCUCUACUGGAGGGCGGGAACACCAUCAUCCAGCGUUCAUUCUUUUGCCGCCUGACCGAGGACAAAAAGUCGGAAAAGUUCUUCAGAGUUUUCUAUGACCACAUGAAGCUGGCUCAGCUGGAAAUCAAAGCCACGGUGACGGUAAAUACCAGCGACCUCGGCAACCGGAAGAGAGAUUACGACAUCCAGGACAAAGACACCCCUGUGCGCAAAAAAGCAAGAGAAUCCGCAGUGGUCAUGACGGAGGAAGUACGAGAGCAGCUACUGGAGGCCUCGUCUGCUACCAAGAAGGCUUUUAACUCGUACCGGCGUGAAGCCGACCCAGAGGACCACUUCACCUCAGCAGAUGGUCAGCCAAGCGCUGGGGACAAGAACCAGGACGAAGGAGAGAUGAGCUACGUCAUUGUAAUCAUGCAGCCCAUCCUUCGCUUCCUGCAGCUCCUCUGCGAGAAUCACAACCGUGACUUGCAGAACUUCCUUCGUUGCCAAAACCACAAAAACAACUACAACCUGGUGUGUGAGACACUUCAGUUUCUGGACUGCAUCUGCGGCAGCACCACAGGAGGUCUGGGCUUGUUGGGACUGUACAUCAACGAGAAGAACGUUGCCCUCAUCAACCAAACUCUGGAGAGCCUGACUGAGUACUGCCAAGGUCCCUGCCAUGAAAACCAGAACUGCAUUGCCACUCAUGAGUCCAAUGGUAUCGAUAUCAUCAUUGCUCUGAUCCUGAAUGAUAUCAACCCGCUUGGAAAGAAACGAAUGGAUCUGGUUUUGGAGCUCAAGAACAACGCGUCCAAGUUGCUGCUUGCCAUCAUGGAGAGCCGUCACGACAGCGAGAAUGCCGAGAGGAUCCUAUACAACAUGAGACCAAAAGAACUGGUGGAGGUGAUCAAAAAAGCCUACCUGCAGGGAGAGGUGGAGUUUGAAGACACAAAGGAGGAGGAGGAUAACGGGGAUGAGGACGAGGAACAUGAUGCCGCAUCCCCCAGAAACGUCGGACACAACAUUUAUAUCUUAGCUCACCAGCUGGCCCGUCACAAUAAAGAGCUGUCCAUGAUGCUAAAGCCAGUAGGAACCAGUGGAGAUGGAGACGAGGCCUUGGAGUUUUAUGCCAAUCACACAGCUCAGAUCGAGAUUGUGCGCCAGGACCGCACCAUGGAAGAGAUCGUGUUCCCAGUGCCCAACAUUUGUGAGUUCCUGACCUCAGAGUCAAAGCUGCGAGUCUACUACACCACCGAGAGAGACGAGCAGGGCAGCAAGAUCAACGACUUCUUCUUGCGGGCGGAGGACCUCUUCAAUGAGAUGAAUUGGCAAAAGAAGCUGAGAGCCCAGCCGGUAUUGUACUGGUGUUCCAGGAACAUAUCCGUGUGGAGCAACGUUUCCUUCAAUCUGGCUGUGCUCAUGAACCUGCUCGUCUGCUUCUUCUACCCACUGGAGGGGAUACAUGGAGGUACGCUGGAUUCCCAUCUGUCUGCUUUGCUGUGGAUGGCAGUAUUGGCAACGCUCAUUAUCGUGAUCAUCAUGCCCCAACCGAUGGGUGUCCGAGCCCUUGUCAUCGUCACGAUCCUCCGUCUCAUCUUCUCAGUCGGCCUGGAGCCCACCCUCUUCCUCCUAGGCGCCUUCAACGUUUGUAAUAAAAUCAUCUUCCUAAUAAGUUUCUUGGGAAACCGCGGUACAUUCAGCCGUGGCUACAAAGCCAUGGUGAUGGACUUUGAGUUCCUCUACCACUUCAUCUACCUGCUCAUCUGUAGCCUGGGGGUGUUUGUCCACGUCUUCUUCUACAGUCUGCUGCUGUUUGACCUGGUGUACCGAGAAGAGACUUUGCUGAAUGUCAUCAAAAGCGUGACGCGCAACGGCCGCUCCAUCGUGCUGACUGCUGUGCUGGCGCUCAUACUGGUCUACUUGUUUUCGAUCGUCGGCUACAUUUUCUUCAAGGACGACUUCAUCCUGGAAGUGGACCGCAUCCCGAACGCAACUUUAAAAAACGGAGCCAGCAUAGCCGGCGAGUUUUUAUCUCAGAGAAUGUGUCGGGCAGGAGUCGAUGAAAACUGCACAGCAGCAAGCACGCAUGGAGACGUGAACAAUGACGAAGCACAUGACAGCGACAUGGAACGGACAUGUGACUCUCUGCUAAUGUGCAUCGUCACAGUCCUGAGUCAUGGCUUGAGGAGCGGUGGAGGUGUCGGCGAUGUUCUCCGCAAGCCGUCCAAAGAGGAGCCGUUGUUUGCAGCCAGGGUCAUAUACGACCUACUCUUCUUCUUCAUGGUCAUCAUCAUUGUCCUCAACCUCAUCUUUGGUGUCAUCAUUGACACCUUUGCCGACCUGAGGAGUGAGAAACAAAAGAAGGAAGAGGUUCUGAAGACCACCUGCUUCAUCUGUGGCCUGGAGCGGGACAAGUUUGACAACAAGACGGUGACGUUUGAGGAGCACAUUAAAGAGGAGCACAACAUGUGGCACUACCUGUUCUUCAUCGUCUUGGUGAAAGUGAAAGAUUCCACCGAGUACACCGGCCCAGAGAGCUACGUGGCCGAGAUGAUCAAGGAGCACAACUUAGAUUGGUUUCCAAGGAUGCGCGCCAUGUCUCUGGUGAGCAGCGAUGCGGAGGGUGAGCAGAACGAAAUCAGGAGCCUGCAGGAGAAGUUGGAGUCCACCAUGAGGCUGGUGGCCAACCUGUCUGGACAACUGACCGAGCUCAAGGAGCAGAUGACAGAGCAAAGGAAGCAGAAGCAGAGGAUUGGUCUUCUUGGUCAUCCCCCCCACAUGAACAUCAACCCCCAGCAGCCUGCCUGAGUGUCUCCUCAAGGUUUAGCAUUAAAAUGUGUCAAUGUCCAGCGUGGGUUCAGAUGAAGGAGGAUGAGUAACGUUUCACUAUGUCAAGCGCACGUUAGCCACGUUACUCAUUGUCUGCAGGGUGUGUGUGGGUGUGUGCGUGUGUGUGCUGGUGUGUGUGUGCGUGCGUGUGUGUGUGUGUAGCGUCCACCAAGUGCCUCAGGACCUGGGACGUCAGCCAUGUUGGCUUUAGGAGACAAAAAACACUGGUUCCAGCCUUUUGGCGUUGUGCCACGCUGAUCACAUGCCAAAGUUCAGCUUUUGUGAGGCCUGGUAUCCGUGUUGCACCGGUACACUCAGGUCACACUUUGAUGUACAUGUUCAAUUUCAUGUGCACACAUCUUUUCUUUCCAAUAUCUGCAUAGGGGAAGCUAUACACAGUAACUAAAUACUUAAAGGGGACCUAUUAUGCUUUUCCUCUUUUCUGACCUGUAAAUGUUGCUACAAUGUUGAAUUCUCGUGGUAAACAAUGCCAACGCAUCAGAUAAUGAGGUUUGUGCAUUUGGAAGUGACACCUGAAAGCAGUUCUGGACGACUCUGCACGCUGUUUUACAGAGUUUUUUUUUAACACCGAGUUCCAUUGACGUCAGUGCAACUCAGGCUUCCUUAUAGGAGCAUGUCCAGGCAAACACUGUAGGCCUGCCUUCAGCCCACUCAGCUUUGCUCUGCUCUGUUCACGGUGUCAGCACGUAUGGCUCCCAAGAAAUGUUUGUUCAGGUGUGCCCAAAGAGGCAAGCAUCACACAGAAGUGGUUGGAGUUGCCCAGCCAGCAAGAGAAAAAUAUGCUUUUGUGUCAACGGCACUUCACACUGGACUGCUUUGUGAACAUGGGUCAAUAUGAAGCUGGACUGUCUGCCAAACUGUUGCUGAAGUCCGACGCCUUUCCAACAUGACUUGGUCGUGUUGAAGAGUCAGAAGAGCAAGCUGUAAUUAACAAUUUAUCAGUGUCCAAACUGUGUUUAUUUUGUGUAAGUAAUCGGACAAAAGGGUUUCGACAGCUGUCCAGAAGUCCCCGGGAGCGCUUGGGAGUGUGACCAAUCACAGCGGAGUGGGCUCAGCGGGAGGCUUACCUGGAGGAGGGCCAGUGGAGUAAAUUACACAGACCGUUUGGGCGAAAGGCAGGAAGAGGUGAAGAGUCUAGAAGAUCUAGAAAGCUUUCUGUGCGGGUUAUCGUAUGUAGCUGCUCUAUAGGAGUCCACAACUCAAUACAAAGGGCCGAAAAUGAGUAUAAUAGGUCCCGUUUAAGUGUUGUUGAAGGACUCUUUCCAGGACACUGGAAUAAUAUUUGAUUAGAACACAGCUAAAGGAGGGAGUAAGUCAUGUGACUGCCUCACUGUGUCAUGCAUUCUUUAACGAUAUGAGCAAUAACCCAACCCAGCCUCCCCUCCCCCCCAAAAAAUGGUAGCAAUGUUUAGUUUGAAUUAUUACUCUUAUUUUUGCACAUAUUUAACCCCUUUUAAUUCAUUUAUUCCUGAAUCACUGAUCGUUUUUUGUAGCACAGCUAUGUUUUUUAUAGAUGCACAAAAGAAUGAAUGUGUGGGAAAAACUUGGUGUGCUGUUUCACCAAACAGACUUUUUUUUCUAUCGUGACUGAUUUGAGUCUGGAUUGUACAUUCUUUGUUUAUUUGAAUAAAGUAAAGCGAUCUAUGUGUUCGAGUGGAUUGACAGAAAACGUGACACAAAUAAGUCACCGUUCAUAUUUAUAGUUGUAAGCAAAUUUUAGUGUACUUUAUCAUUUUUAUAGUCAGCUUGAACAGAACGCAGACUAAAAUCAUCUCAAGCAUUUAUUUUUAUUUAUUAUUAAGGACGUUUAAUAUCCCAGAUUGGCCCACAUUAAAACAUUUAUUUACAUGACGAACAUUACUUCUAGGGAUGAGCGAGUACACCGCUAUCUGUAUCUGUAUCUGUUCACCCAUCUAACUUAUCUGUAUCUGUAUCUGAACUCAGGGUGGGUGUGGCAUAAACCGGAAAUGGGUGGGGCUUAAAUCUGUACAUUAUUUGAAGUCUGAAAUUGACAUGGAUUGAUCAGAAGCUGCUGUAUUUAUUGUUUGUUAUUCAGCUAUAUGUGUACUGUUUGUGUGUAAGUGAUCUGGAAGUCUUUAUUAUUUAACUAUUUUUUUAAUGAUGCGUGAUGUUGUUGUGUGUAAGUGAUCUGGAAGACUUUAUUAUUUAACUAUUUUUUUAAUGAUGCGUGAUGUUGGUGAUUCAUGCAAACAUCCAGUGAUGGCAAACAGGGAAGUAAUCCGUCAGCCUUAUUCACUAUAGUUUUCUCAAAAGCGCCGCGUUCAGUACUACGAGCAAAGUUUUCCAACUGACUCUAUUUCACCAGCCAAAUUAGAAGCAAGCAAAAAAACAAACACGACAGCCAUUCACAGUUCUGUCUUGUCAAAUGCGCCGCGUGCAUAAUGCAACAAGUUUACCAAGUAACUUUAAAUACGAGGCAGUGACCAACACGACACAACUCUGUCUUGUCAAAUGCACCGCGUACACCUCUCUCUGGCUGUAGGGAGUCUGUCUUAGUCGCAGUCGCUGUGUGCCAAUUACAGAGUGUGAAGAAUGAAUACAUGAGUAGUUACCCAAUGAGGAUUUUCCUUCAUCACGAUUACGAAUAUGGUCUAGUGCAGGGGUCACCAACGUUUGUUCUUGCGAGAGCUACUUUUAGAAAAUGAAAAUGGCCACAAGCUACUCAUUUUUGUAGAAAUGAUUUUCAUACCUGAUUUCAACCCAAACAAAGCAAAUAUGCUUGUUUUACCAAAACAUUCACAAAAUGCUGGUAUCCACAACUCACAUUUUAUGUUUCAGAAUACAUUUCUUUCUAGUGUUCUCACAUUAUUAACUGAAAACCUGAAUGAAAAGCAGGCCCGCGGGCGCCUCGUGCGGUCGUGGGGGGCUACCUGGUGCCCGUGGGCACCACGUUGGUGACCCCUGGACUCUAGUGGUUAGCAUGUUUACACACAGUCACAGUCACACAGAGAUCGGGAAGACUUGGCUUCGAAUCUCCGUUGGGCAUUUCUGUGAGGAGUUUGCAUGUUCUCCCCGUGCGUGCGUGGGUUUUCUCCGGGUACUCCGGUUUCCUCCCACAUUCCAAAAACAUGCAUUUUAGGUUAACUGGCGACUCUAAAUUGUCCAUAGGUAUGAAUGUGAGUGUGAAUGGUUGUUUGUCUAUACAACCAUUGUUUUGUUGUAUAUGUGAAAUAUAAAUUAAUUUGUAAAUGUUGUAUAUUUGUUAUAUUUAAAUAAUACAAAUAUUUACAUGUUUGGGAUGGACUGAAGAAGCUCUGUACCAAUCUCAAAGUUUUGAACUAUUUUGGCACUUUUCCUGCCCACAGAUCUCAACUAUAAUUACAGUUCUGUUUACUGACAUCGCUAGCUUGUAUACCUUCUAGUAUGGGGAACUAACUCGUAAAAAAAAAAAAAAAAAGAGUUACGUUGAGUGCUGGCAAAUUGCUAACAACACAAGCUAAUUCUUGCUAACGUCUGAUCUUCAAAGGUGUUGAUUACCAAUGUUACUAAUGCCCAGAAAAAGGCCUUCUGCUUCUGUUUCUGGUCCCGCAACUACAGAGGAGAACAUGUGAGGAAGCCAGGAACUAGGUACACCACAGGAGAUCAUUCUAAUGUUGAAUGAUAUAAGGAAGGCGCUAAACAGCAAAAUAUAUAAACAGCAUGAAGACAUGAAAUCCCUAAUAAAACACAAAGAGGAUUUGAACAAUGAAAAUGCAUCACUUUGAAAACAAAUGCAUGGGCUGGAAGGAAAAGUGGAAGCUUAAAAGAAACAAAAUGAUGAAAAGGAUCACAUUAUAUCGCAAAUGACGUGCAGAGUGGAUGAUUUGGAGCCAUCAAUGCACAUGAACAAUGUAAUUGUGACUGGGCUUCACAUUACACGCAGGUCUAUCGGACGAGGACAAGACGUUGCUCCAACAGAGUAACAGGUGACCAACUUACUGCUGUCAAGCGGGUGGAUGUGGAUGUCAACAACAUGGAUACAUGCAUCCCAAUGUUUGGCAGGAAUAGCAACACCUGAGAAACAACAGAGAAAAUAAGGUAGCAUUGCUGAGGCAGAGAAGUAAGCUGAAAGAAACAAACGUCUAUAUCAAUGGGCAUCUGACAAAACGCAAUGCUGACAUCGCCAAGAAGGCAGACGAUUUACAAAAGCAGAGGAAAAUUCAAGGCGCUUGGAACACCAACUGCAAAAUCUACAUCAAGUUAAAUGGAAAACCGGAGGAAGCCAAAGUCCUUGUUGUCAAAGACACCAAAGAACUGGACAAAUAUUACUACAAGGAAAUUAAAGACAUAACAAAGUCACAAACAAGUCACAAAGACUUGAUGCAGCUUUGAAGUCAACAUCCUCAAUGCUUCAUUUAAUGUUUUACUAAUUAAAAUGUAUUCCUAUUUAGUAACAAUUUAUUCCCAAUUUAUCAUUUUUCAAAUUUUAUUUAUUCCCUUGAUACUGCACAAGGUUUAUAGUGUCGUUAUUUUAACUCCUAUUUGCUGCUUGAUUUUUUUAACACCAUCCUUUCAUGCAGGAAGUGGAAAAAAUAUGUAAAUGACAAAUGUCGGAAAGUGAAAUAUUGUGUCAACAAGUAAAAGUUAGGGUGUGAAUGAAUUAUCAGGAAUAGACAUGGGGAAGGAGACUGAUAAGCUCUGCUUCUUCCUACUCUUUUUCAGACAUGUUGAAUUGUGCAAGUGUAACCAUGUGAUGUUCCGUCAUGUAGCUUGUUAUGCAUGUCUGAGACAUACCAUACCAUACCAUACCAUACCAUACCAUACCAUACCAUACCAUACCAUACCUUUUUUGAUCUGAUAUGUUUUUAUAGCAGUUUUUGGCAGUAGACUUUUUUUUGUCCUCUAGUGACCUCAGAGAGUUCAAGACUGUUAACAACUGCGCUUCUGAAAGUAUUUCAACCAAUAGAAAAGCCCCCACCCCAUUAAAAAAAAAUACUAACAUAAUAAUCCAAAUAUUUUUUGUACUUAUAUCAAGUUCUUAAAUUAAUCAGACCUUGCAUUACAGUACAGCAAAGAUGCGUCUACAUCAUCCACACCCCAGUAACGACUUACGAUCAUAUAUUAACUUGCGUUCACCGCACUGCAAGUUUUAAGGCCGGAUUUUAAGAAAGUUGUCGAAAGCCGCCGUACAUUACGUUCAUAUAUGCCAGAGGAGUCCGGCAGCCCUUUGUGGCCCUUGGUUGUUUUUUUUUAAUUGGCCCUCGGCACAUUUUUAAAAAUACAAUUAAGCAAGAAAACUAACACAACAAUAAAAAUAAAAAAAACAACCAAAAAAAACUAAAAAAAUAAAAAAGAGCAGUAGAUUUUACGAAAUAUGAAAAUAAAGUCAUAAUAUUAAGAUAGGAGUUGUUUUACGAACAUGAAGUCAUAAUGCCAAUGAGAAAAUAAUUUCAUUUUUGAAGCAUAUUAAACACAUUUUAAAAUUUUAAGUCCCAAUGCACUGGUGCACAACGGCACUGCUCUUUCUAACAGGUUGCCUUUUUGGCGUGCACACACAAAAAAAACUUACUGGAGUGUCAAGUGCUUGUUUUAUAAUAGAAUUUAUACGUUUUAUCCAUGUGUAUGUGUGCACACGCAUGGUCAUGAUAGCCACCUGCUUUCUCAGAGUGUGUGCGUGUGUGUGGUGGAUGUGCCCAGCCGGGCAGGCUCAGCAGGCUUCCUGCGUGUGUGCGCGCGCGGGCCAUGAGGAGACCAACGUGACAGCCAGCACGCACCGCCGCAUGACAACAAACAUCCACGCACGGGUGCACGUGCCUGCACGAGGACGUUGGAUUUUUUUCAUUUAACGACGAUGAUCAGCUUGCUAACAUUUAUUACUAUAUAAAUUACAAAAAAAGAUUAAAAGAAAACACAAAAAUAGAUUUUUUUAUUUAUUUUUAUUUUUGCAAUACAACUUGUUGUUUAAUUGUCUAUGUGUGGAUAAAAGCGUAGUUGUUUAACUGUCUGUGUGGAUAAAAGAGUGUAAGACUGUGUACUGUGUUCGCCUUCAAG